CUGUCUGGGGACAUUAAAACGGCCCUUGAGCGCGUACAAGGCGCAGAAAAAGGGACCUGUCAUCACAUCUCAUCUCUCCCUUCUUCUCCCUAACCUCCACCCCGAAAUACCUUCACACAAUAAAAAGGGAGAAGAAGAAGAGGACGACGACGACGACGACGACUCAGGAGACCCAACAGACACGGCAACAUAAAUAAAAGAAAAUUUGUGAUCGAGUCAUCUCGCAUUCUCAACUACAAGGUGGAAUCAUUUGUUUUCUGUUAUUAAAUUAAGAUUGUCUGAGGAAGGUCCGUACAUACUGUACAAUGGUUCUUGAGAGCAUUUUGUCUUCUCCUGUUCGGAAGUCAGCAUCAUUUAGAAAGCAAUUCUCACAAAAUGAGUUGGGUAGCUGGUCGACAGUCUUUCAGAGACACCGCUUCCUCUUAACAGCCCUAGCACUCCUGGCUUUCCUCUGCACCAUUUAUCUUUACUUUGCAGUCACAUUAGGAGGCAGUCCAUCAUGUUCGGGUUUGAGUGGAACUCAAAAAGCGUUGUGUAGCUUGGAGCAUGCAAAGACUUCAGUUGCCCAUGGAAAAUUGAAAAUUCUUUAGGAUGUAGAUUGAUAUUGCUUUUACAAUUUCAUUAGAGUGUAUUGAAAAUUCAAAUAACACUUAAAUGAUUGAAGUUCAUCUUAUUGCGUUUGUGAACUAAUUGAUUGGGUCAUAUACAUAAUAUUUGUAGUAUGGAAACACUGCGGUUUUAUUGUAAUAAUUAUUUUGAUUGAAAGAGAAAUUAGGCAUAUGGUGU